AUGUCCUUUCACGGCGCCGACCAGCAUCGCUAUGGCCAGGUGCCGCCCGUCCAGUACCCCGUCGGUCAGCACCCGGACCAGCAAGCGGUCCGAAGGAGCGCCAGCUUCGUCGACGGCGACGACACGCCUUACCACCGCCUUCCGCCCUCCCAGCCGCCCGCCCAGGACGAGCUGUUUCUCUCCAACCCAUCCGCUCCCCCUCACGGUCGGCCACACUUUGGUUCCGCCGACAGCGCUUUGCCAAACUACCAUCCACAUCAGUAUCCCUACCAGUCCAUGGCGCCCCAGACGUCGUACAACCCGCAAGCGUUCGCCCAACAACCUGCUGUCGACUUCCAGCGCUCCCAGUCGACUUCUCUCCCCUAUCACCCGCAUCCCUCCUCUCAGUACGCGAGCCAGGACCUCGGCUCGUACGGCGUGUCCCCGCCGGCCGCCUAUGCGCCCUCGGCAUACAACCCGGCCGCCUACGCGGCCACGACGGCAGUCAUUCCCCAGCGCCACCCUACCUAUCACGGCUAUGGCCAUGAGCAGGCCUACGGAGCUUCGGUUGGUUCCGGGAUGCCAUCCUACGGAGCCUUUCAACAGCAGCUGUCUCCCACCGCUUUCUCGCCCGACUACCAGAUGCCCGGCCAGGUGCCCACCCCUUCCCACGCGCAGGCCCCCACCUACGAGCCGUCUCCGUACGCAUCGGCGCCGUACCCUACCUACGAAUCGCGCGUCGAUGAGCAGAAUACCGCACCGUAUCCGACCGGCCCCGACGCCUUCUAUCCCUCGAUGUCGCAGAUGCCAGCCGGCCCGGCCUACCAAGCCAGCGACGAGGCCGCCCACUACAGCCGUCCUUCCAUAUCAGGGUCGCAGACGCCGCCUCGGGCCGCCGCGCCGCUGCAGUCUCCGUCACCGACUGGCUUGCAACGGCACCCGACCAAUGCGCCGCUGCCACGACGGCCCGUCGAGAAGCCGGCGGAGAGGCCAAUGGCGGACGUGCCGGAGGAGGAGCCCUACUGGGACGAGGCCGGCCGCCCCCUGCGCUCCGACUGCGCCGAGGAGCACGAAACGUCCGAUAGCAUCAUGCAGGAACUCGAGGCGGAGCUGAGUGCGGCGAGUCUCAUGCGGAAGAAGUCCUCACCGGCCAACGGGCAGCCGCCUGGCCCGCCGCCUGGCCCGCCGGUUGAACCGCUGCGCUUUCAGAGCCCCGGCGCCAGGGCCUCCCACUCUCCGUCCGCAAGCCUCGUAUCCCCUCGCCAUGUUGUUCACAACGACAAAUACCACGACGUCGACGACGACGACGACGACGAUGACGACGACCCAGAGGGCACCGCUGGCGUGUUGGCAAUGCAACAGGCCGAGUUGGACGACCGUCGGUUCAGCAACAACGCUUUCGCCUUUCCCGGCGAGCCGCCGGCCCGUCUUGCCUCCAACCCGCUACCCCCUGCUCCGGAGGAACAGGAAGCCGAGUCCAGCGACGGCGAAAUUGGCCGAGGCACCGUCGACCUCGGCAUGUUGAGUGGCGGAUACGCCGGCCAUCUGGCAUACGGGGCCGAGGUGGGAACCCAGUCAGCUUCUUCGUCCACCGCAGACGCCCGCCGCCGGCCGCUGCCGACGCCGAGCUACUACAACUCGCUCCGUGAGAGCUACGAUAGCACGCAGGCCUUCGACAACGCCGAGGUCGACUACGGCGAUACCGGCGGUCUGCAGCCGGCGCUGGAGAAGCGGAUGAGCUUUGAAGAAGGCCACGAGGAGAGGGUCUCGGUUCACUCGCUGACGAGCGACGCCGAGUCUCCGGGCAAGGACGACUACCAAGACCUCUUCUACCACCCGGGUCUGACCGGGAACAGGCCGCUUCCGGCUUUGCCGCCGGGCCCCGGCUCUGACAGCAGUUCGAUGCUCUCCGCUCACAACAGCCUUCGAUCCCAGGGCCAGCACCAGCAUUCCAUGAGCGCCGAUGCGCGCUACUACCAAGCCGAAGGGCCGGAAGCGUACCGUCAGGCCGGCGCUCAGCAGUUGCUGCAGCCGGAAAGGUCCAUCUCGCUCUCCGGUUACAGCCAUACGCCCCAGGUCCUGCCGCCUGCGCGUUCGAGGACAGACGCGACGGAAGAGCGCAAGAAGAUGACGAGGCAACAGCAAGUCUCUUCGCACCACGGAACGCCCUUGUCCGAAUGCGAGUCGCCCGCCAGCGCUACCGGCGGUGCGUUCGACAGCAUCACGCUGCCGAGCGGACGGAAGAAGAAGUUCGUGCCGUCGAAGCUGACCUCGUCCGACUUCCGCAAAUGCGCCGAGCCGUGGGCCCUCGGCGGCAUCGAGGCUUGGGUGCGCUUCAUGGGCGAGGGCGAGAUCGAUCUCAGGGGGAAGACGAUCGAGGAGGCCAUCACCAAUCUGUUCACCUUCAAGGUGCCCACCAUGAACGUAACGGAUGCCGAGAUGCUCAGCGCCCAGGUCGUCAAGGUCAUGCUCGCCUCCAGCACCCUCCUGCCAGACGAGGAAUGGGUCAAGUUCGGCGACGGGCACAUCUCCGGCGUCCUCUGGCAGCUGAGCGGCUCGGGCUGCUACGCGCCCAAGCUCCACGACGUCGACGUUGCUGGUCGCUGCUACUCUCACCACUGCACGCGGACGUUGAAAAAGGUGGACCUCGACGACCUCUCGCCGGACGACGCCAAGGGCGAGGCUUGGAACGUCUUCUACAGCCUCACCAAGGAAGAUUGGGAGUCGAAGCCGAAGAAGGAGGUGGAUCGGCAGAACAUCCUGCACGAAAUCGUCACGGGCGAGGAGAACUACAUCAAGCAGCUCGACAUAUUCCGCACCCUCUACCGAGACGACCUGCGAGCGCGGAAUCCUCCGGUGAUCCAUCCCGACAAGCGUGACAAGUUCCUGGGCGCCGUCUUCGGGAAGCUCGACACGGUGCUGCGCAUCAAUCGCGAGUUCCUCUUGGCCCAGCUCAAGUAUCGGCAGAACGAGCAAGGGCCGUGGAUCGUCGGCUUUAGCGACAUCUUCCGCGAGUGGAUUCGCAAGGCCAAGUCGGACUACGUCGAAUACGCAACCGGUUAUCCGCGUGCCACCUACAUGGUCCGGAAGGAAGCCGAUCGAAACAUUCUGUUCAAAAAGUUCCUCGAGGACCGGCAGAAGCACAAGUCGUCGCUGAAGCAGGACUGGACCCAUUUCCUCAUCACCCCUCUGCAGCGUCUCCAGCGCUACAUCCUCCUUCUGGAGAGCGUGGAGCACAAAAUGAUUGGCGACAGUGAGGAGAAGGCGAACCUGCAAAAGGCCAUCCAGGAGAUCAAGACGGUGACUCACGAGUGCGACGCGAAGGUGGCCGAGACGAACAAGAGGGUGCAGAUGAUGGAGCUCGAUCGCAUGCUCGUUCUGCGGCCGGGCUUCCAGUCGGUCCUGAACCUCGACCAUCUCGGUCGAGUCCUCAUCAUGGAAGGCGAGCUGCAGAGGAUGGGCUCCAAGGGCAUGCGUUGGGUGGACACGCAUGCGCUGCUUUUUGACCACUACCUGAUCCUGGCCAAGGUUCUCCCCCCCAAGGAGAACAGGGGGGAGAAGAAGUACGAUGUCUCGAGAGAGCCGAUUCCCAUGCCGUUGCUGUUCCUCGAGAGCAUGACCGACGAGCCGCUGAUGAAGCAAAAGGGUAUCACGGCACCCCUGGGCCGGACGACGAUAGCCUCGGCAUCCACCACACAGCUCAGCAAGGUGACCAGUAACGGCGCGGUGCGGCCGGGGAUGGAGCACACGGCUACCAGCUCGUCGAUGGCCUCUCUGGCUCCAAGCACGUCCAACGAGUCCGAGGGCAAGAUCCUGUACCCCUUCAAGAUCAAGCACCUCGGUCACGACGUCUACACGUUGUACGCGUCGUCAGCACGAGAUCGUAUGGAUUGGUGCACUCGCAUCGUCCAGGCAAAGACGAGGCACGCCAAGGCCUUGUUUUCUCAAAAUGCCGAGCCUUUCCGGCUUCGCGUCCUCGCCGAUGUCUCCUUUCACUACGACACCAGCUCACCGUACGCAAGGUUAUCCGGCGUUCCCGUCGAGGGCACCCCGCUGGACCGGGCCAUCAAGGACCUUGAAAAGAUCGUGGGCUCCGGUCAGGGCAUUGCGCCGGUGUGCCGGGCCCAGGUCAACUGCGCAGCAGGCUUUUCAGCCUUUGGCAGGUCGCUGAUCGCAAUCGGCACCGACUACGGCGUCUUUGUCUCCGACCCAGCCGAGCCCCGAGGAUGGCGUCGGGCGAUUCAGGUCACGCGCGUCACUCAGAUAGCUGUGCUCGAGGAGUUCUCCGUGUGCCUCAUUAUCGCGGACAAGUCGCUCAUCUCGUACCCGCUCGAGGUCGUUGCCCCGACGGCGGAAGUCGCUCCGCCGGUCAACGACAACUCGCGACGGGCGCCCCAACGGCUUGCCAAGGACGUCACCUACUUCGCGACGGCACGGAUGAAGGAUCGGAUGCUGGUGUUUUACAAGCGCAAGGAGGGUCUGCACACGUCCUUCAAGGUGCUCGAGCCGAUCCUGCACAAGACGUCGGAGAAGAAGUCGCGGCUGUUCGGCGGCCGCAAGGGCAGCGCCGGAAGCACCGAGUCGUUCCGCGACUUUGACGAGUUUUACCUGCCGACCGAAUGCUACUCCCUCAGCCUCUUCCAGACGUACAUCGCGGUGGCGACGGCCAAGGGGAUCGAGAUGCUCACUCUGGACAAGAAGCAGACCAUGUCAAUACCGGACAUCAAGGCGCCGUCGAUAGCGAACAUCAUUUCGCGGAUCCGCGACCAACGUCCGUUGGGCAUGUUUCGGCUGAACGACAACGAGUUCAUCUGCACGUACGAAGACUGCGCCGUCUACGUCGACAAGCACGGCGACAUCAGCCGCACGCUCAUCAUGGAGUACACGGGCAAGCAGAAGAAGGCGAGGGGCGCGAGCAUGUACGGGCAGUAUCUACUGCUCUUCAACGAGGACUACGUCGAGGUGCGCAACGCCGAGAACGGGCGGCUGCGGCAGAUCAUCGCCGGCCGCGACGUCCGGGUCAUCGACUUUGGCAUCCGAGGUCCGACGGGCGGCAACGCGGCGCAGUCGCAGCUCGCGUUCGGCCAGAACGGGCAGCUGCAGACGGCGGGAGAGACGUCCAAGGGGACGGUCAAGGUGGCCAUGUGCCACCCUGAGCUGCAAGGCAGGCAGAUCGUGCUGGAGAUGCUCCUCAACGACGGCCAUGCUGAGUAG